CGGCCCGGAUGCGGAAGUUGCGGGCGGCGGCGGCGCGGCCCCUCAUUGGUGGCGGCCGGCGGAAGCGGCGCGUUGCCGCGGCGGAGAUGGCGGAGGCGCCGCCGGGUGCGGGGCUGGCGGCGCUGCCCGACUCGGUGCUCUUGGAGGUCCUGGCGCUGCUGCCGCUGCGGGACCGGCUGCGCGCGGGCAGGGUCUGCCGGCGGUGGUGGCGAUUGGGGCAGGACCGGGCGCUCUGGAGACACGUGGACCUGAGCCCGCACCGGCUCAGCUCCCGCACCCUGUGGCACCUGCUGCGGCGGCACCUGCGUGGCAGCCUGCGGACGCUGAAGGUGAAGGGCGCACUCUGCUCUGCCAGGAAGCACGAGGUCCUCUCCCCCGCGCUGCUGGCUGCCCUCGGGAAGCACUGUCCCCACCUGGGCCGGCUGUGCCUGGCCGAGGCUGACCUCCGCCUGCUCCCCUACCGGAGCAUGCCCGCUUCCCUGAAGACAUUAGAGCUGAGUCACUGCGAAAUCCCCUCUGCGUGGUUCCAGGGGACUGCUGCAGAUGCCCUGCCACAGCUGCAGCAUCUCAUUGUGUGUAACGUCCCUGCCUUUUGCGAUCAACAUCUGCUAAACGUCUCCUCCCAGGCUCCUCUGAAGACACUGACGCUGUCCGGGACCUACCGGGUAACAGAUGCAGGAAUUCAGAGAGCGGCUGUGUACUUGGGGGGGUUGGAGCGCCUAGUGCUGCGCCACUGUGUUAUUACUGACUCCGCUGUUCAUUUCAUUGGGCACCAUCUGAAAAGUCUCCGACUUCUGGAGAUCAGCAAUGCUUAUUCCUUGACAAAUGCAGGUUUGGCUUGCCUAGCAACCCUGAAGCGCCUAGAAACACUGUGCCUUGAUCUAUGUGAUAAGUUCUCCCCUGAUGCCGUUGUGGCUUUGUGCCAAGCACUCCCCCAGCUGAGGAAUCUCAAUUUAGAUGGGGCUCAUUUUGAAGACGAGGCAAUAUGUAAAAUUCAGGCAAGUUUGCCUAACUGCAGCUUUUCACAUACUCCUUGAUACAGAUUCUGAAGCAAGAUGUUACCAGUCUAAGGUGGCAGGACACUCACCCUUCAUCACCGAGCCUCAUGUGCUCCUUUCUGGGCAAGGCUUUUAUUUUUUCUGGUAGCAGUUGUAUGUAUCUUUGGCAACAGAAUUUCCAUUGGGGCCAAAAUAGUUAUGCGAAAAGAGCCAAUUUUCACAUUACACAAAUAUGUAAUGUAAAAUGGCUUGGUGGGAACUUGCUUCUGGUGGGAUCCCUCCAUAGAUCAGGCAAAUCUGAAAGUCAGUGAACACACAGCUGCUGACAUUUGGGAACCCUAGGGAUGAACUAAGGGCUGACCAAGAUUACAGAGAGUGAGCGAGCAUGUGUGCAUGUCCGUAUUACAAGUUUAACCUAUUUCUCUGCCCCUGUUUGACCCCCUAUGCUAAACAUCAGGCAGCCGUUCAACCAGCACUCUCACAGACACUAAGUGAGAUGCCAUCCUGCCACAGGAGGAGGUUGGGCUGUCCCAAACCUAGAACUCCAGUUAAUAUCUAACUCUGAUUACUCAACCACCCUGUGUGUAUGUUCCCAACUUUGCCUACAAAGAAACACUUAAAAGGCUGCGCUUCAGACACAUGUUGCCAAAGCUGGUUUGUUCUUGGAAGAGUUCAGGUGACCUUCUGCCCAGAUACUGAGUGUUUUCUUAGUCUGGGCUGUCUUCUUGCUUUUAUCUUCCUGCCAAGUUUAGUUCUGAAAGUUAUUUUUCAAAAUGCAGAAAAGUUUGGUCACAGAUCUUCCUCUAACUGUUUGUUCCUAAAAGCAUCACGUUCUAUUUGUGUAGAGAAAGGGCACCCGUUUGUGCUCCUGGGCAUUAGAGGGGGCUGCCGUUACCUCUCCUUGUUUUGCUGGGCUGUGCUACCACGAGCAGCCACCUUUGCCUUAUUCACUUUUAUCGUUCACAUACUCCUCUUACUCAAGACAUUGUAACACCAGUACGUGACCAAAAAAAACUUACUGGACAUUGCAACUGAAGUUCUGUGACGUUGCUGUUCUGGACUGUUGAGUUACCCAAGGAUGUUGUUUUUCAUCAAAUACUGUAUUUAUUAAAUAAAAAUGUUUUUGACUGUUA